CGGAAGUGGAGUGUAUUAUAUUGUGAAGCUUGAUGCCGGUCUGAGCCGGAUAUUGACUGAUCUCCUCAGACUUCAAGAAGUUGCGAGUUGUGCCUCAGCAGCUGGACCUCUGGUAGUUGCUCAUCAUUGUUGUUGUUCUGGGAGAGCUAAUGAUGGGCCACAAGGUUGUCCUCGGGGUUCAGUGGCCCCGUCACAUCCAAGUUAUAUUGCUGAUGGGGGUUCUCUUCAUCCUGCCGACGUCAGUUUUGGCAGAGAGCCAAGACUACUACAGUCUGCUGGGAGUCGGUAGGGAGGCCACAACCAGAGAGAUACGACAAGCGUUCAAGAAGCUUGCACUCACCAUGCAUCCAGACAAAAACCCUGGGGAUACCUCUGCCCAUGACAAGUUUCUGCAGUUGAAUCGAGCCUAUGAAGUUCUGAAAGAUGAAGAUCUCCGGAAGAAAUAUGAUAAAUAUGGUGAAAAGGGAUUGGAUGAGCAGCAGCAGGGAGGACGCUAUGAGAGCUGGAACUACUACCGAUAUGACUUUGGUAUCUAUGAUGAUGAUCUGGAGAUCAUCACACUGGACAGCGGAGACUUUGAAGCAGCAGUGAACUCUGGCGAAAUCUGGUUCAUUAACUUCUAUUUCCCACGAUGUUCACACUGUCACCAGCUGGCUCCAACGUGGAGGGACUUUGCCAAGGAGAUGGAUGGAGUCAUCAGAAUUGGAGCCGUGAACUGUGGAGACAAUAACCAUAUGUGCAGGAGGAAAGGCAUCAACAGCUACCCAAGUCUGUUUAUCUACAGAGCAGGACAGAAACCAGAGAAGUUUAAUGGGGAGCGUUAUAAAGACAACCUGGUCCGCUUCUCCAUGCAGUUCAUCACAACAUCUGUCACUCAGCUCUGGCAAGGUAAUGUUUUCAACGAGAUAGAGAGUGCAUUCUCAACAGGGCUUGGCUGGCUGAUCACCUUCUGCUCUGACACUGGAGAUUGCCUGGAGCCAACAACACGACACAAAGUGGCUGGAAUGUUGGAAGGUCUCAUUAAGGUGGGGUGGAUGGACUGCACCUCACAGGAACAGCUCUGUGAGAGUUUCCAGGUGACCACUGGAGCGACUGCUUUGUUCCCACCUGGGAGUUCUUUGGAUCAAAAAGGCAGCGUAUUGUGGCUGAACACCCUUGACACUAAAGAGAUUUACAAUCAGGUCAUCAACCAUCUACCUGAUCUGCAACUGCUGACCGGUGACAGCUUCCAGGGGAAGCUUGCCCAUCAUCGCUGGUUGGUGAGUUUUACGUUUGGAGACAGAACCUCCACCUCCAAUGAGUACAAGAAGCUACAAGCUUUGCUCCGAAACGACCACAUACAGGUCAGCAGAGUCAACUGUAUAGCAGACUCAGAGUUGUGUCAGUCUCUCUUCAUCCAUAAACCUUGUGUUGCUGUCUUCAAAGGAUUAGGAAUCCAUGACUUCGAGAUCCACCAUGGUAAAGAUGUUUUAUACAACAUUGUGGCUUUCGCAAGGGACAGCGUUCGUGCUCAUGUGACGACUCUGAGACCUGACAAUUUUCCGUCAGACAGAAAGGAGCCAUGGCUGGUUGACUUCUUUGCUCCGUGGUGUCCUCCAUGUCGAGCCUUACUGCCUGAACUGAGGAAAGCUUCAAUCCAGUUGGCAGGGCAGAUAAAGUUUGGUACUCUGGACUGUACCAUCCACCACAACCUCUGCUCUAUGUAUAAUAUUCAGGCUUAUCCUACCACAGUGAUCUUUAAUGGUUCCUCUGUUCAUGAAUAUGAAGGACAACAUUCGGCUGAUGGCAUCCUGGAUUUCAUACAGGAUCUGGUCCAUCCAUCUGUGGUGGUCCUGGAUCCGCCUAGCUUCACUGAGAGAGUUAAAGGUCGAGAUGAAGGGCAGAUCUGGGCAGUUGAUUUCUAUGCUCCAUGGUGCGGUCCCUGUCAGGCUCUGAUGCCAGAGUGGAGACGUAUGGCCAGGUUGCUGUCAGGUCAGAUCCUGGUUGGUUCAGUUGACUGUCAGCAGUUUCAGUCAUUCUGUCAGAGUCAGAAUGUGAGGGCGUACCCUGAAAUCCGCCUGUACCUUGGCAAUACCUGGCAGUCAGAUCGUUACAUGAGAUACAAUGGUUGGCACAGAGAUGCCCAUUCACUGAGAGCGUGGGCACUGAGCUCUUUGCCCAGAGUGUCUGUGGACCUGACUCCAGAGUCCUAUCGGUCUCAGGUUCUAUCAGGCCAGGAUCACUGGAUUUUGGAUUUUUACGCCCCGUGGUGUGGACCCUGUCAACACUUUGCCCCAGAGUUUGAAGUCCUAGCUCGGAUUCUUAAAGGGGAGGUUCGAGCAGGGAAGGUGGACUGCCAGGCUCAUCAUCAGACCUGUCAAUCAGCUGGAAUCAGUGCCUACCCUACCGUCAGAUUCUACCCAUACCUGGAAACGGGGAGGCAUGAACACAGUGGGGAACCUCUAAAUAGCCGGGAUGCUAACGUAAUCGCUGACACCAUCAGACAACGACUACAGCAGCUGUCAACGCGGUUUCACAACAAACAAAAGGAUGAACUUUGAUGAUCUUUCAGUGGUGAUGGGAGAAAGACCUGUAAUCUGAUAGGUCAAGGAUGGGCAGAAGUGGAUUUGACUGGUCCAGCACAAACAUCAGUCAGUUAACACUCCUUGAAAAGUAACAAACAGACUGACUGUUACCUGCUGUGCUAAAUGUGCUAAAUACUUCUGCCUUGUUUUAUUUGUUUGGAUUUUGUCUUCAUUGGUUGUAUUUACUCUAUGACGUAAAACUGUGAGACACUGUAUACUGGAUAUGUAAUUGAACCACACACACACAGGUGUGUGUAAAAACUGGUGAACACAAUAAAAAAUGUAUUUCUAUUAAGA